AUGAAAUCUUUGUUAUUCGCCGCCGCGGCGUUUUGCGCCAGCGUCGCUGCCACGUCCAACACGGCGUUUGCGCUCUCCGCUGCGCCGCCGAGCCACAAGGGCCCGCGCAAGAACCUCGUCACGACCCUCGUCCAGCUCUACCACAAAUACAACAUUACGCAACCCGAAUCGCUCUCCGCCGCCCAGCAACAGGCCCUCACUCGACGCUCCAACGGUGGCGCGGCGACGGCCUGCCCGAGCGCCUUUACCGACAAUCAGUACGUCGUCGCCGUCGACAUCGGGACGCCGCCGAAGCGCUUCCGGCUGAACAUCGACACAGGCUCGAGCGACCUCUGGGUAUACGGCAGCUCUAUCCCGUCCUCGUUUCUCCUGGGGCAGGCGCAGUACGACCCGGCGCAGAGCAGCACGUCGCGGCUGGUGCCGCUGGUGGUGUGGCUCGCGGGCUACAUCAACUUGAGCUUCGUCGGGGGCGUCGUGUACAAGGACACGGUCAAGUUGGUGACGGAGGGCGGGCAGCUGACGGUGGAAGGCCAGGGUGUGCAGGUGGCGGUUCUGGUAGCCAAGAGCAUCGUCGAGGACGCGGGCAUGGACGGUAUCAUGGGAAUGGGCUUCGACAAGCUGAACUUUGCGUUUCCGACUAAGCAGAAGACGUGGUUCAGCAACAUCAAACAACGCCUGAGCGAGCCAUUGUUUACCGUUGACUUUCGAUACCGAGCAGAGGGCACCUACACGUUUGGGUAUAUUGACAAGGCAGUUGGCCCAGUCACUUACACGCCGGUGGACGCGAGCGCAGGCUACUGGGCGUGGAGCUCGCCAGGGUACGCCGUCGGAAACGGGCCUCUGAAGAAGCGCGCACUCAACGGGACCCUGGAUACAGGGACGACGAUCAUGAUCCUGCCCGCCGACGUGGUGGACGACUACUACGCGGGGGUGGCAGGCGCUGCCUACAGCGCCAGCGAGCACGGGUACGUCUUUGACUGCGGCGCGAAACUGCCCGACUUUACGUUUGGCGUCGAGGAGCACGCCACCAUCACGGUCCCCGGACGGUACCUCCACGCAUCGGCGGCGGACACUGCGCCGGGCAAGUGCGUCGGGGCGCUCCAGAGCGGCGUGGGCGACAUGGUGGUGUUUGGGGCGCCGGCGCUGCAGGCCGGCGUGGCCGUGCUGGAUGCGGGGAGGCUGCGCAUCGGCUGGGCCAACAAGACACUGGUAGGGGUGUAG